AUGUUCGGGGCCUCUGUUGUCGCCUGUGCGCUGCUAGCAUUACAAGUGCUAGCUCAAAGUGACAGCAGCAGAUCCGAUGAGGGUACUGGGAGUGCCAUCACACUGACCGGCAGCAAUACCGCAUCCAUAACACUGAACGGUGGUAACUACGUUGCAGUCACUACCGGCGUUACCUAUGCUAGUGAUGGCGAGACUAUCACCUUCACCCGCACAACCUCCGGUAUCGAACGACCGACAGACCUCUCAAGUGCAUUGGCGUCGGCCACAAAUGCUUCAUCGACCACGGGAAACUCGACGUCUGCGACACAGACACUACUCGUGGGUGGGACUGCCACAACUGGCGCCAAUGCUACGUCCGGUAACAAUGCCACUUCCACCACUUCCUCCGUUCAACCCACAAAUACCGUUCCUUGCAACGGCUUCCCCGAGUUCUGUACACGAUCCUACAGCAAUAUCACCUACAUAGCAGCACAUAAUUCGCCCUUCGUCCGUCCGGGAAAUAUUGCCAGCAACCAAGAGCUGCAGGUCCUCUCUCAGUUGAACGACGGCAUCCGUAUGUUACAGUUUCAAGUGCACGAUGUAAAUGGGACCAUGAUGUUGUGCCACACGAGCUGCGAUCUGCUCAAUGCGGGCCCGCUGGAAGACUAUCUGAGGACUGUGUACGGCUGGAUGCAGGACAAUCCAUACGAUGUGGUGACCAUCUUGAUGGGCAACUAUGGUAUGGUCCCUCCAGAGAGCUUCGUCGAGCCCGUCCGCAAUUCGGGCCUUCUCAAAUACGCCUACAUACCGCCGCAGAGACCCAUGGGACUCGAUGAUUGGCCGGCCUUGGGUGAUAUGAUACUUCGUCAGCAAAGGGUCGUCUUUAUGCUCGACUACCAGGCCAACCAGGACGAGAUUCCUUGGCUGCUCGACGAAUUCUCGCAAAUGUGGGAGACUCCGUUCUCGCCAACCGAGAGGAGCUUUCCUUGUACUGUCCAGCGACCACCAGAUCAAUCCGAGGAGACGAGUCGCGACAGAAUGUUCAUGGCUAACCAUAACCUGAACCUCGAGGUGGCUUUAGCAGGCAUCAGUCUUCUUAUCCCAGCUUCCAAUCUCCUCAACGAGACCAACGCCGUCGAAGGCUUCGGCAGUGCUGGGUUGGCCGUCACCAACUGUACGCAAGACUGGAAUCGACCACCCAACUUCGUCCUUGUCGAUUACUACAACGUUGGCAAUUUCAACGGCUCUGUAUUCCAAGUUGCGGCUACGGCAAACAACGUCACCUAUGACACAGACUCGUGCUGCGGUACUAAUCAGAGGAGUUUCCGCAGUGGUGUUGAAAAGACUGCUUCGCCAAAGGGAGGUCUGCUGGCUGUGGUCUUGGUGGCUGGCCUUGUUAUUGGCUGGUAG